GAUCUAGAAGUGUCACAGUGAAUCCGGAGCGCCGCCAACUCGCAGGCGUUCUGUUUUAUUUAUUUUUAUUCUUGAAAUGGAAGAUAAAUCUGAAGAUUAACGAACUCAACCUAGAGUCCGACAGAAACCGAGGAACUUUAUUUCUAAGAAAGGACGAGCGGAGGCAGCCAGAGGACGAGAGCUGAUUGUUUAGGUCGAGCAGAAGCACGGGCAGCCAGCCGGGUGAUCUGAGUGUUUCCUGGCUUUGAUGCGAUCCGACUGUACCUGGAGCAUGUCCACAGUGGGCCUGACUGCCCAGGAGAUCUCUUUUCCCAUCACAAACCCCUUCCUCCGGGGCAGCUACUGUCACAGCAUGGCUGGAUCCAAGCCCUCCUGGCCCUAUCGCCAUGAGCCCACGGAGAACUUCUACUUUACUGUGAACACUUCAAACAUAGAUCACAGCUAUCGAACACAGCAAAAAGGGCCACCACCAGCCUACGAAAGACACAAACACAGUCCCAGCUCACAAAGAUUACCUCCGAAGAAAUCCCGGCCUGCCCAUCUGACCCUGUCCUGCAACACAGACUCACCCGCUCCAAGUCCGGCUGAUGAUGACCAGGUGGUCCCCUCAUUCCAGAGGCUCUCAUUCAACGAAUACAACAGCCCGCCAGCGACGCCAGACAGAUGUUCGAGGCCUCUUCCACCCAUCCCCCCACAAACAGACAUCUCCCCUGAGCAGGCUAUGGACAACGAGGUAGAAUUUUUCACAAGUACGGACGAAAGCUGCCUGGUGGCUAACGUUGACCAGUGUUCCAAAUUAUCUCCUUUUCGAUAUGGACUUCCUAGCCGAAGGAGCUUCAGGGACUGUGGGCAGAUUAACUAUGCUUAUUACGAUGGUCCUUUAGGACCACAAAGCCAUCAUCAGCCCCAACAGCACCACCAGACACAUCCACCACAGGAGGUGCGAGAACAAUAUGAACAUAAACGACAGGAACCACCCGAGCCCGUGGUCUGUCCGAAACCGCAGGACAAGACUCAAAGGAGACUACGACGUUCUCACUCAGGCCCGGCGGGCUCUUUACAUAAGCCCUCACUGCUGCGCCUCCCAUGCGCCAGACGUCACGCCAGCGGUAUGGAUAAACCUGACGUGCCACCCCCUAUCCCUCCACGUUUACUCAAGAACGCAGACUGCCGCCGCUGGUCAGCAGAGGUCUCGUCUGGGGCUUACAGCGAUGAGGACAAACCACCCAAGCUGCCCCCCAGGGACCACUUGUCCAGAGGAAGUUCCCGCACUCCUAGUCCCAAGAGUCUGCCCUCAUACAUCAACGGCGUGAUGCCCCCUACACAAAGCUUUGCACCAGAUCCGAAGUACGUAAGCGGUCGGGUUGGUUUACACAGACAGAACAGUGAGGGCUCUCCCUGCAUCCUUCCUGUGAUGGAGAACGGCAAGAAGGCCAGCGCCACACACUACUACCUUCUGCCCGAGCGCUCUGCUUUUACAAAUUCCCCUUGUGACUGCCACUCCAAGAGGAAAGUGGAUUUAGUUUAGUUUGAAAUGUUCUAGUUGAAGUAGUAGAGGACUCUUUUGUAGAUGAGCAAAAAAAAAAAAAAAAAAAGAAAACACUU